AAAUCGGGAGCUGAAAUCUAAAGUGGAGAAACUUGAGCCUGAAAAUGGACAGCUGAAAGCUAAAGUGGAGAAACUUGAGGCUGAAAAUGGACAAUUAACGCGUGAAUUUCAAGGAAUGUGGUCUUUUGUGGUGGAACUUCAAGCUGAAAAUAGAUACUCUUCCAGAAAAAACAACGAUACCAUCAGAUGCUUCACCCAAGUUUCUGGUCCUCCACAAUCAACUAGCUCAGGUUUCCAAGAUGUUGGCCCCUCCGUACAGCCAUCUAAUAUCAAUCCCUUUGAUGAUUGGUCACACAACAGGGACAAUGGAGUUGAUGAGUACUUUACAGUGGAAGAGCCUUGCAUCAGAACUCAUAAAAUGCUUGAGAAUGAAGAUAUGCGACUCAUGCCCCAGUCCUUCAGCAUGGGAGACCAUGCCCCUAUUAAUGUGCCUGAAGAUGGGUUUCAAAAUGAAAAUAUGCAACGCAACAGAAGUCAUGAAGUGCUUGAGAAUGAAGAUAUGCAACACAUGCCCCAGCUCUUCGGUAUGGAAGGUCAUGCUUCUAUGAAUAUGCCUGAAGACUGGUAUAGAUUCAGUCCUUACAUCCCAUCUCCAAUGAUCAGAAGUGAUGAAAUGCUUGAGAAUGAAGUGCAAUUCAUGUCCUGCCUAUUCAGUAUGGAAGGCCAAGCCUCUAUUAAUAUGCCUGAAGACGGGUAUACAUCCCCUCCUUACAUCCCAUCUCCAAUGCCAAACUUUGAUGAAGAUCGCUCACGUCCUGGCAAAGCUGUUGUUGGAUUCCUGAAGAUUAAGGCAGCAAUGAGGUGGGGAAUCUUUGUAAGGAAGAAAGCAGCUGAGAGACGGGCACAGAUUGUUGAGUUAGAGGAAGACGGGUUUCAAAAUGAAGAUAUGCAACUCAACAGAAGUCAUGAAGUGCCUGAGAACGAAGACAUGCAACACAUGCCCCAGCUCUUCGGUAUGGAAGGUCAUGCUUCUAUGAAUAUGCCUGAAGACUGGUAUAGAAUCUGUUCUUACAUCCCAUCUCCAAUGUCCAGAAGUGAUGAAAUGCUUGAGCAAUUCAUGUCCUGCGGCUCCUGCCUAUUCAGUAUGGAGGGCCAAGCCUCUAUUAAUAUGCCUGAAGACGGGUAUACAUCACCUCCUCACAUCCCAUCUCCAAUGCCAAACUUUGAUGAAGAUCGCUCACGUCCUGGCAAAGCUGUUGUUGGAUUCCUGAAGAUUAAGGCAGCAUUGAGGUGGGGAUUCUUUAUAAGGAAAAAAGCAGCUGAGAGACAGGCACAAAUUGUUGAGUUAGAGGAAGUAGAAUAGUAGUCUGCUUCUCUUUUUUUUCUUUUUUUUUCUUUUUUUUGUGGGGGCCAACCCUCUCCUUGCAUGACUUCUUGUUAGGAUGCCACUAGAACUCCUUUAAUGCCUGCCAAAGCUGGGGGUUCUGAUCGUAGAAAUUACGGGUUUCAGACCCCCUGAAGAACUCUAAUCAGAUAUUGGGAAUAUCUUCUUGUACAGUUUCCUGUACAGAGUUGUUUCUUUAGUUUUCUUUCCUAGCAAUUUCAUCCUGUACUACCACUUUUCCCAUUGGUUUGUCUAUGAUGUCUGCAUUCGGUUCGACGAAUAAAUUAACUUCUAAAUG